AUGCAAGAGGCUGUAUUCCUCUUCAGUGAGGAGAAUCUAAACAAAGGGCAAUCCUCAGUGGGCACCAGAUAUAAACAGAGCUCCCGUCGCGUGGUCCCGACGACCAGCUGCGAGCUGAAUGACGCGACAGCGGAGAUUAGAAUAGUAGAGAAAGUGUUGAAGAACGGCGAUCUUUACAACGGGGGCUUAUCAGCAGGGGUGCCACACGGGACAGGGAAAUAUCUUUGGUCGGAUGGUUGCAUGUACGAAGGGGAGUGGACACGUGGCAAAGCGAGCGGGAAAGGACGUUUCUCUUGGCCGUCAGGGGCAACCUACGAGGGACAGUUCAAGGAUGGUCGAAUGGACGGAGAAGGAACUUUCAUCGGAAUCGACGGCGAUACCUACAGAGGUCACUGGUUAUGGGGGAGAAAGCAUGGAUACGGAGAGAAGCGGUAUGCGAACGGCGACGUUUAUCAAGGUAACUGGAAAGCUAACCUACAAGACGGUAACGGACGUUACGUGUGGAGCGAUGGGAAUGAGUAUGUGGGAGAGUGGAAGAACGGUGUUAUCUUUGGGAAAGGGACAAUGACUUGGGCUAACGGAAACCGUUAUGAAGGACUAUGGGAAAAGGGAGCUCCGGUUGGAAAAGGGGUUUUGAGUUGGAACGAGGAGAAGACGAGUAACAACAAUUUUGGUGGAUGGGGGAGGAGGAACAAGAAGAAAGAUGAUGAGAUUGUGCAGAAAAAGCUCUCUCCAGUAGAGACUAUGUCAAAGAAUACGAAUUUCCCGCGGAUUUGUAUAUCGGAGUUAGAGGAUACAAACGGUUGUGAUAAUGUAGAGGCCGGGUCGAUGUUGAGUCCUUACACGAGUGAGUCGGAUACAGAGAAUGAGUGGGCAAGAAGCCCUUUGCUUUUGGAGAGUGGUGGUGCCAUGAGUUUGCAGCAAAGCCCUAGAUGGUUGGAUGAAGGAGAUGUUAAGAAACCGGGGCACACGGUUACGGCAGGGCAUAAGAACUAUGAUUUGAUGUUGAAUCUACAGCUUGGGAUUAGGUACUCAGUUGGGAAACAUGCUUCUCUUUUGAGGGAACUUAGGCAUUGUGAUUUUGAUCCCAAGGAUAAGCAGUGGACAAGGUUUCCACCAGAAGGCUCUAAGUCUACACCUCCCCAUCUAUCCGUCGAGUUUAAAUGGAAAGACUAUUGCCCGGUUGUGUUUAGGCACCUAAGAGAGUUGUUCACGAUAGAUCCAGCGGACUACAUGCUGGCUAUUUGCGGAAAUGAAUCACUUAGGGAAUUUUCUUCUCCUGGAAAGAGUGGGAGCUCCUUUUACUUGACUCAAGACGAACGCUUCAUGAUCAAAACCAUGAAGAAAUCCGAAAUUAAGGUGUUGCUUAAGAUGCUCCCAAGUUAUUUUGAGCAUGUUUCCAAGUACAAGAACUCUUUGGUCACCAAGUUUUUCGGCGUGCAUUGCGUCAAACCUGUAGGAGGCCAAAAGACUCGGUUCAUAGUGAUGGGCAAUCUGUUUUGUUCCGAGUAUCGUAUACACAAACGGUUUGACUUAAAAGGUUCAUCACACGGCCGUACCAUUGACAAAGAUGAAGGUGAAAUCGACGAGACCACAACACUCAAGGACUUGGAUCUUAAGUAUGUGUUUCGACUCGAGUCCUCAUGGUUUCAUGCCUUUAUCAACCAAAUUGACAUCGACUGUGAGUUCCUUGAAGCUGAGAAGAUUAUGGACUAUAGUCUCUUGAUUGGUCUCCAUUUCCGUGAAUCUUGCUUGCGUGACGACAGUUCCUUAGGCAUCGGUCGAAGAGAACAAGAGGACAAAUUAAUGAGAGGGUACAAUUCACUUCCGAAUAUGGACUCUGUCACCCAAACUAGUAACGGACCGUUAAUCAGAUUAGGAGAAAGCACACCCGCAAAAGCAGAGCAGGUGAGCAGAUUUGAGGAAGAGUCGUGGGAAGAAGACGACAUUGACAACUCAAAUCCAAAGAAUACGAGGAAGGAGGUCGUUGAAGUUAUCCUUUAUUUCGGUAUAAUUGACAUUCUUCAAGACUAUGAUAUCACAAAAAAGUUAGAGCACGCCUACAAGUCACUCCAUGCAGAUCCCACUUCCAUUUCAUCUGUUGAUCCUAAGCUUUAUUCCCGAAGGUUUAGAGACUUUAUAAACAAGAUAUUCGUUGAAGACAGAUGA